GUUCUUUGGUUGCUAGGAGACGGUGAACGGAUGGCGCUGGGUGUUGCUGCAAGGCCCCGGCUGAGGUGGGUCCCGUGGUAUCAGACUCGCGCUCAUGGCGCCCGUGCCGUACCGCCGUGCUCGCGGUGCGACCGAGUGCCCCGGGACGGGCCGUGUAGGGCUGUGCCUGCGGUGCCUGUAGACAGGGAGGGCCUGGAGCGUGGCGGGGGUGUGCGGGGCUAUUAGUUGGUUUGUGUUACCAAAAUUCUUAAUUUGGUUGCGUCCAGCUUCAAAAACAGAAGUGUAGCGAUGAGCACCCUCUGCAAUCAGUCGUGCAGGCACUUCCAACCCGCUGCCCACAGCCCGCACGCUGCCCGGGGCCGGUCGCCCUAUGGCCGCCCCCUGCCCCGCGCCGUCAUGGCGGCAACGGCCCGGCAUGGGCCUGGGCUUGCGCCCGCGGCUCAGCAGCGGGCACUGCGCUGUUAACGCUGUCUGGGCUGAAACCACGGCCCGGGGUGGGCGCGGUGCGGUGUUAGCUGAAGUAACUGCCAGUGAGCGUAUUGCAUUUGGGUAUAUUGGCUAAACGCAGUCCCGUGAAUAGUAAAAAAAUAUGCAGCUGUGCUUUUUAUUCUGAUAAAGGAAUUUGAGAAUGGGUUUCAAGAGUGCCGAAACAAUUAUCUUUGUUUGUUUGUGACUCCAUUUUCAGUUGAUGUAAAUACAUCACCUGCACGUUUUCAAAUGGAGUAUGUAGACUUGCAAUCAAAAAUCUGACUAUGUCUCUUUACUUGACUUCUGUAAGCUCUCCCUUACCAGAGAAAAGCAUCUCUCUCUUCACAGUCAUGCCUUAUUUGUGUCGCUGCUCUUUGGCAGUACGUACAUUUGUGAACGACUGUUCUCAAGGAUGAAGCACAAGAAGGGUAAAAUUUCAUUAAAAUCUCUGAUGAGCACCUUGAGAGCUCACUGAGAAUUGUUACCACUGCCACUGAACCUGCCUGAUGCGCUAGCUUCGCAAAACCAAGGAGAACUGAAGAAGUGCAGCAGAGAUGACUCUCCAUGAUAUGGUGGCUCAGGCGGCCAGCCUGCAUUCAGGUAGAAAAGCUGUUUGGUUUGAUGAAUGCAAUGAUGGACCUCCAACUUUCUACACGUAUGCAACAGUGAUUAAACAUGCCACGGAGUUAACAGCUUUCCUUCAAAAGUACUGUGAUCCUCAAGGAAGGUGUGAAAUAGGCCUUUACUGCUGUCCUGGAAUAAACUUACCAUCCUGGAUCUUAGGAAUCCUUCAGGUUCCAGCUGCUUACUGUCCUAUUGAUCCAGAUGCUCCACCACUGUUAUCUGCUUACUUCAUGAGGAAAAGCAAUCUUCAAUAUAUUCUUGUUGAGAAUGACAAAAUAAAACAAUUCCAGACAGCCCACAUUGAUUGGUUGUCCCACAGUUCUUCCACAGUGGAACAUAUUGGUUUAACUCUCUUCCAUAUGAGCCGGAGCAGUACUGAUGUUAAUUUGCAAGCAGACAAUGUGAAAAGUAAACUUGAAGCUUUCAAAGUUAUGGGUAACUCACAGCUCGGAAAUACUGUCUGCCCAGAGCAUCUCAAAUUAAAAACAUCAGAAGGAGGAUACAGGGAUGUUGGCCAGAGAUGCUCUUUAGCAUACGUCUUGCAUACAUCAGGAACUACAGGGACUCCCAAAGUAGUCAGAGUGCCUCAUACAUGUAUAGUGCCAAAUAUUCAGCAUCUUAAAUCAAUUUUUGAGAUCACCCAGGAUGAUGUGCUGUUCCUGGCUUCUCCUUUAACGUUUGACCCAUCUGUGGUCGAACUGUUCAUUGCUCUGACAAGUGGAGCCUCUAUUCUCAUAGUACCAAAUGCUGUUAAAAUGAUGCCUGUGGAGCUGUCUACUGCCCUGUUUAACCAUCACCAUGUGACAGUGUUGCAGGCAACACCAACACUUCUCAGAAGAUUUGGAGCUCACAUAAUUAAAUCAACAGUAUUGUCUGCAAACACUUCACUCCGAGUCUUAGCCCUUGGUGGUGAAGCCUUUCCCGUACUGAAUCUCUGGAAGAGUUGGAAGCACAAGGAGAACAAAACAAGUAUUUUUAAUUUGUAUGGUAUAACUGAGGUUUCAAGCUGGGCCACUUGCUACAGGAUUCCUGAAGAGGUUUUUAGUGCUGAUUUUAGGAGUGAUUUCCCUGUCCCUUUGGGAUCACCACUCCUUGGAACAACGGUUGAGAUCAGAGAUGCCAAUGGUUCUGCAGUUCUAGAAGGCGAGGGACAAAUAUUUAUAGGUGGUGAAGAACGAAUCUGCUUUCUUGACGAUGAGAUAAUUGUACCACAGGGCACAAUGAGAGCAACAGGGGAUUUUGUAAGAGUGCAGAAUGCAGAGAUAUUCUUUUUGGGUCGGAAAGACAAUCAGAUCAAACGUCAUGGCAAGCGUUUUAAUAUGGAAUGUUUGCAGCAGGCUGCUGAAGAUCUUUGUCAGGUAGAAGCUUGUGCAGUGACCUGGUAUCAGCAGGAAAAACUUAUCCUAUUUGUGGUUCCCAGGGGUGAUCUAGAAGAGAGAGAAACUCUUCACGAGCUCCAGAAACGUCUGCCAACUCAUGGAAUUCCUGAUGAGCUUGUACAGAUUAAAGCUUUGCCUUUAACAUCACACGGUAAAGUUGAUAUAUCUGAACUGAACAAGAUUUACCACUACCAUCUAAACUCCAGAAGGCGUGACAGUAAGCUGAGUGGCGUGGAGGAACUGUGGAAAAGAUUGCAGUAUUUAUGGAAGGUCGUUCUGGGUCUCCUAGGUGAUUCAAGUGGAAUUUCUAAAGAUGCGGUAUUUUUGUACAGUGGUGGAGACUCCUUAAAAGCUCUACAAUUUUAUGAUGAAAUUGAGAUGCUGGUAGGCAGAGGUGUGCCUGGGCUCCUUGAAGUUAUUCUCAGCCGCUCGAUUGAGGAGGUUUAUAAGCAUAUUCUUAAAACUCUGUUUCCGGAUGAAGACCAGCUAAUAAAUGAUGACAGUGUUUUGAAAAGAAAACUAAGUAAAAACAGUGGAGAGGAAAUUCACAGAAAAUAUGCUAAACUGAAAUCUGAAGGAUAUCUUAAGGUUGCUCCAGGAUUAAUAUCAUUUAUAGCACUGAGCAGAGGAAAUCAUUUUUUUUCUAUGAACUUUACCAAGUCUUUUAUACAACCCAGUAGUACAGUACAGGUGGAAGGGGAGUCACUACAACAACCAUCCUUCUUGCAUGCUGUGACUCCAAGUAUAACAAAAAGCCACGUGCGAGGGUAUGAAAAGGAGAACAGGACUUUAACAAUUACCAACAAAGUAAAUAAAACUGACUGCUGCUCUGUGCAGCAAACCUGUGCGGAAUGCAGUCAUGUAACAACAGCAGAGUUGGCAUUGCGCACAAGAUGGAAGUCAAAUACAAGAAAAUGUGUUGAUGCAUCACCACUGAUUGUAAUAUCAUCUAAAGAUGAAGAAUCUGCGUCUGUAUUUGUUGGCUCUCACUCUCAUGCAAUGCAGGCUAUUGAUCUAGAUACAGGAGAAGUAAAAUGGGAGAAGAAGCUUGGAGAUCGUAUUGAAUCUUCUGCCUGCAUAUCUAAGUGUGGAAAUUUCAUUGUUGUCGGUUGUUAUGAUGGCUUAGUGUAUGUGCUCCAAAGCAGCGAUGGAGAAGCAUACUGGACUUUUGCCACAGAAGACACUGUGAAAAGCUCUGCAGUGGUAGAUCCUUCCAGUGGACUAGUCUACAUAGGAUCACAUGACCAACAUAUGUAUGCUUUGGAUAUUUAUGAAAAGAUGUGUGUAUGGAAAUUGCAUUGUGAAGGUGGAGCUGUGUUUUCAUCUCCUUGUAUAAGCUCUUUUCCUCAUCAUGUUUAUGUUGCUACGCUAGGAGGACUGUUACUGGCUGUCAACCCGGUGACCGGGAAUAAGAUUUGGAAGAGUUUCCUGGGAAAACCACUUUUCUCUUCUCCUCACUGCAAUGAGAAGUGUGUUUGUAUUGGAUGUGUGGAUGGAAACUUAUAUUGUUACACUCAUUCUGGAGAAAAGGUUUGGCAGUUUUCCACUAAUGGACCGGUGUUUUCAUCUCCAUGCAUCUCUAGCUUAACUAAGCAAGAAGUAUUUUUUGGCUCCCAUGAUCACUUUAUCUACUGCUGUAAUACGGAGGGGAAUUUACUGUGGAAAUUUGAAGCCACUUCAAGCGUAUAUGGAACGCCAUUUGUUUUCCAAAGUGAUGACUCAAAGAACAAAGUUCUUUUGGCAGCAGUAUCUACAGAUGGCAAAGUGUGGAUCCUGAAUGCCAGGAGUGGAACAGCAGAAGGAAUAGAUACGCUUCCAGGAGAGGUUUUCUCAUCACCCAUAGUAUGGGGAACAAAGCUUGUUGUUGGCUGUAGAAAUGAUUAUGUUUAUUGCCUAGAUUUGUACAUAACAGGAAAAAAGGAACAAGAAGGAUGUUAGACUGCUGCUUUUUAAUUGUUUACAUUUGUAAAUUAAGAACUUGCAGGCAUUGUCUACCUCUCUGCCUAUUUUGCUUUAGGCAAGAGCUGCUUUGUGCAGCUUUCUCAGAUAGUAUUUUGCACCACUGCAAAUGCAGGUAAGUGAUGUUUGUUGACUUGCUGUACUGACUGAAGGAUGACUGCUCAGCACUAGCCACAAGUUUCACUGUCCCUCCCUCAUUUCCCAGCUCAGACUGCUGAAAGAAAGUGUUUCAAAUUGUUUGGAUCUGAGUGUUGUGCUUUUACCUGUGUAGCAGGAAAAUAAGUCAGUAGUGUGGCUUCAAGUACUUGUUUAGCUGGAAGAAACUCUGGUAAUUCCAGUUGCACACUGGAAUUUAACAUUCAAGUAAAUUGACUUCUGAGGAUGUAGCUUGCAUUCUGUGUAUGUAAUUAAUUAACCUUCAGCAAGUUGGGGCCCUUCCUGGCUCCACUUGAGCUAAGUCUAUACUCUUCUCUGUAGAAAUCACUUCCUGUAUUCUAAAGUGUCUAUGAAAUAUCAAUGACAAUUCCCAUAUGAGUUCCUAGAUGAGGUGUGUAGCGUUCGAAUCAAUGCUUGCCAAAUUAUUUUUGAAGAAAUUUGAAUUUAUGCUAUCUGCAGUGUUUACAGAGUAGUAUUCAUAACGGAUUGUAUAGUUUUUGUUGUUGCUGUCGUCGUCAUAAACACCUUAAAAAGAAUUACUAUCAGUAAUGCAAAGCAAGGAUUUGCAGACAGAAGUACUCUUAACUCGAGUAUCUUCCUGAUUACAACAGUCUUCUUAAAGUACUACUGUAGAAGCUAUCAGUCAUCUCUCUCCUUGUGAACCAUCUACUUCGAAUUCUAACAUUCUGAGUUAGUUAAAAAGUAAGUAGAAGUUGCAGAGGCUGUUACGUGUCUUGUUCAUCCAUUUUACUGUUAAGAGACAUGCACAGGCAAGACACUUGUGGCAGUAGGAGUCCCAUUAUAAAGCAAACCUGAAGGACACAGACAGCAAAAAGAGACACAGAAUUGAUACAUCCCUAAUAGAUAAUUUUGACUGGGUUAUAGUUUAAUAAGAAUUAAAAUGACAUUAGUAUAAUAAACAAUUGCACUUUAAAACAUUUGAAAAAUUAAAAAAGUACACAACAAAUACCCCACAAUUAUACAUCUUAUAGUUCUUUAUACAUUACUAUAUGAACAUAGAGGUUAAUCGUAUAUAACCUGGUCAGAAGAAAUGCUAUUAAUGUGUAUAAGUUACAAAAAUUGAGACAAUAUACUACAUAGUGGUUUGUUUGGUUUUUAAAAUAUUUUUUGUGUUUUAAAGUCAGAAGUAAUGGUUUGGGUUGGUUGGUUUUUUGUUUUUUCUUUUAACAGAUUUCCAACACUUGAUCAGAAACGGCUGCAACAAAGCUAAAGCAAAGUAACACUUCACUUCAUUGGUAUUUAGUGCAAAUUUUUGUUAGUUUAUCAUGAAAUGUCACUGUUGAACAUGUACAUUUUAGAAAUGUUUCCACCAAGUUCUGUACAUAAUACAGAUUCCAUUAUUACACUAGAUACCUUUAUGGUUGAAAAAACAAUCUGGUUUGAAGCUUUAGCUUAAGACCAUCCUUAACAAAAGCUCUGUUCUAUGUGCUAUAAGUGUAUUGUAUUGGAAAAUUGCAUCAUUAUGUCAUGCACAAUAGCACCUUGUUAUGCUAUGCUUUCUGGAAUACUUUAAUCCUGAUUUACUUCACCUUCUCUGUACUAAACCUGUAUCCCUAUCCCAAGGAAUAAUCCUAAAGACAGGCUUCAGGCAGUUUAGUUCUUGUAACUACAAAUACAUAUCGAAGGCUUACAAAAUUCACAAAAAGAACAGAUUUAAGAAGUACUAAUUCAUAGUGCUAGCAGAGCAGAAAUAAUUACGGGCCAAAAUCUUUCCUCAGAAAAGCUUGCAGAGAUUUUACCAUGUAGCAGUAUUUUUUUUUUUCAAAUAUUUGAGAACAGCAUUGCCUCAUCUCUGUAUAAAACAUUCUAAAUACUUACAUUAAUGGAAAAAAUGUUACUUUACAGGUUCGGGUUUUAAAUAUGAAACUGAGCAAAAAUGAUGGCUUAGGAGGCUCAAGAAACCCAUCUUGCUGCUAUUCUAAUCUUCUCUAUCUACCAUGUCCUGUGUGUUUGUGCUCUUGUAACCAUGAUAGCAAACCUUGCUUUCUGUUUGAUGGGAAACAGGGUAUUUAUUCAGUAAUGAUUUUACUGUCAAGCCCUUUUAGAUUCUUGGGAUGGGAAUUCAUGGCAGAUUUCAUUCUGUUUUCUGCAUAAUUUAAAGUGCUACUACUCAAGCUGCAUACAGCAGUUUGGCUAAACUAUUUCCAUGAAAUACAUAUGGUAUCAUUCUAUAAUGAUGCAACUUCUUCCCAUCAAAGUUAUCACCCUUUAUCAUGCUUUAGGCUUAAAGUGCCUUUGAGCCUUACCAUUACUAAGAGAUCAUCAGAUUUGUUAAAUACUGCCUUGUAAAACCUUGUUGGGCACGUUACAGGUUUGUUAACUAGGGUGACUUUUAAAAAUAUAGACAUAGCUAUUUCUGUGGGAUAUUGAGGAUAAUAAAAAUUUUAUUAUCACUA